AUGUCCUCCGACAAUUCGUCCUCCUUAUCUUUGGCUCCGCCCACUUCAAUGACGUCAUCUUCUGGAGAGGUGAUUGAUGAGUACGAUACGAGUGAUAUAAUUGGAUUACAAGUGAAAACUCACGAAGAGUACGAGGAUAUCAUUGCUAUCGCCUUGUGGCCGAAUGCUGUUGAGCAGGGAUUCGUGCUCGUUCUUGGCGCAAUGAUGGUGAUCGGAGUGGUGGGAAACACGUUGGUCGUCGUUGUGGUGGCGACGAACAAGUCGAUGCGUAACGCCCUCAACCUUGUCCUAAUGAAUCUUGCCAUCGCUGAUCUCCUAAUUCUUCUCUUCUGUCUUCCACUUACCGUAGUCAAUGACGUCACGAAGACGUUCUGGUUCUCUGCGGUUUUCUGUAAAAGUGUCAAUUUUAUUAAUAACACGUCCGUCUACGUCAGUAUCAUGUCACUGGUAUUCAUCACUUGUGAGAGGUGGAGAGCUAUCACUUAUCCACUGAAAAGUCCCUUUGUCAGGACGAGAAGUGUUAUUGCUGGAAUCUGGCUACUUGCAAUGUUCCUUUCCUCUCCGGAGCCAGUCACUCUUCAUCUCCAAGGCGCUCCAUUCGUUCGCCCGAAUUUCACCACUCAGUGGGGAACCCGUUGCAAGGAGUCAUGGUCUGAGGAGUUUCAAAUGAAUUAUCAGUUGGUUCAAACUAUUUUUUCAUUUGUUUUACCCCUUCUCGUCAUUUCUGUACUAUGUCUGCAUAUGGUACGGACACUACAUUUUUCGUCGACUAACCUUACCGUGGCCAGCCGUCAAAUCAGUAUACGUAAAAAGGCGGUCCGUAUGCUCUGUGCCGUCGUAUUUCUAUUCGCCAUUUCCAAUCUACCGGUUCAUUUGUAUAACAUUGCAUUAAACUACGGGUUACUAUCCACCGACGUUAGCACGAAUACGAUAGCGGUGCGGAAGUUGUUGCCACGUGUCUUCUCCUAUUCAUCGUCAUGUUUGAAUCCGAUUUUGUAUAGUUUUUUAAGCGGUCGCUUCCGUGAAGAAUUCGGACGUGUCGUGUGCUGUCUUCGAGACGAAAAGUCAUCCCGUGAGUUCCGACGGAAGCAAGCUUCACUGUACGCCUCGAGUCAACGUGUCCGAACGAAUAGUUGCUCGACGAUGCUUCUCGAAAGGGAAAUGAGAUCUUCAUUGAUUAUUCGACGACCCCAGGCUCCGCCCACUUCUGAACAGUCCCCGCCCCUUCCGGUAUUCUCGUUAGAAGAUGUCAGAGAGGAGGCGACGGAUUCUGAAGCAUUUGUACUUCAGGAUUGCUGA